GCCUCUGCCGGCUCUGGACAGCCAGGCGCCCGGAGCCUGAAGGAGCGAGCUGUACAGCGAGCGCUUGGUCUGGCCCAGCCAUGGACCGGAAGGUGGCCCGAGAAUUCCGGCACAAGGUGGAUUUCCUGAUUGAAAAUGACGCAGAAAAGGAUUAUCUCUACGAUGUGCUGCGAAUGUACCACCAGACCAUGGACGUGGCCGUGCUUGUGGGAGACCUGAAGCUGGUCAUCAAUGAGCCCAGCCGCCUGCCCCUGUUUGACGCCAUCAGGCCUCUGAUCCCCCUGAAGCACCAGGUGGAGUACGACCAGCUGACACCCCGGCGCUCCAGGAAGCUGAAGGAGGUGCGUCUGGACCGGCUGCACCCCGAGGGACUUGGCCUUAGCGUGCGUGGUGGCCUUGAGUUUGGCUGCGGGCUCUUCAUCUCCCACCUCAUCAAAGGUGGCCAGGCAGACAACGUUGGGCUCCAGGUCGGGGACGAGAUCGUCCGGAUCAAUGGGUAUUCCAUCUCCUCCUGCACCCACGAGGAGGUCAUCAACCUCAUCCGCACCAAGAAGACCGUGUCCAUCAAAGUGAGGCACAUUGGCCUGAUCCCUGUGAAGAGCUCUCCCGACGAGCCCCUCAAAUGGCAGUACGUGGACCAGUUUGUGUCGGAAUCCGGGGGCGGGCGGAGCAGCCUGGGCUCCUCUGGCAGUUGGGAAAACAAGGAGAAGAAGGUCUUCAUCAGCCUGGUGGGCUCCCGGGGCCUCGGCUGCAGUAUUUCCAGUGGCCCCGUCCAGAAACCCGGCAUAUUCAUCAGCCAAGUGAAGCCUGGCUCCCUGUCUGCUGAGGUGGGAUUGGAGACAGGGGACCAGAUUGUCGAAGUCAAUGGCAUCGACUUCUCCAACCUGGACCACAAAGAGGCCGUGAACGUGCUGAAAAGUAGCCGCAGCCUGACCAUCUCCAUUGUAGCUGGAGCGGGCCGGGAGCUGUUCAUGACAGACCGGGAGCGGCUGGCUGAGGUCCGGCAGCGCGAGCUACAGCGGCAGGAGCUUCUGAUGCAGAAGCGGCUGGCGAUGGAAUCCAACAAGAUCCUCCAGGAGCAGCAGGAGAUGGAGCGGCAAAGGAAGAAGGAAAUUGCCCAGAAGGCAGCAGAGGAAAAUGAGAGAUACCGGAAGGAGAUGGAACAAAUCGUGGAGGAGGAAGAGAAGUUUAAGAAGCAGUGGGAAGAAGACUGGGGCUCAAAGGAACAGCUGCUGUCGCCUAAAACCAUCACUGCCGAGGUGCACCCAGUACCCCUUCGCAAGCCAAAGUCUUUUGGGUGGUUUUAUCGUUACGAUGGCAAAUUCCCAACCAUCCGGAAGAAAGGGAAAGAUAAGAAGAAAGCCAAGUAUGAUAGCCUGCAGGAGUUGAGAAAGAAUAAGAAGGAACUGGAGUUUGAGCAAAAGCUUUACAAAGAGAAAGAGGAAAUGCUGGAGAAGGAAAAGCAACUGAAGAUCAACCGGCUGGCCCAGGAGGUGUCCGAGACAGAGCGGGAAGACUUUGAGGAAUCGGAAAAGAUUCAGUAUUGGGUGGAAAGGCUCUGUCAGACGCGCCUGGAGCAGAUUUCCUCUGCUGAUAAUGAGAUCUCAGAGAUGACCACAGGGCCUCCGCCUCCCCCGCCUUCUGUGUCCCCCUUGGCGCCACCCCUGAGACGCUUUGCAGGUGGGCUGCACCUUCACACCACUGACCUGGAUGACAUCCCCUUGGACAUGUUCUACUACCCCCCCAAGACUGCCUCCGCCUUGCCUGUGAUGCCCCACCCUCCACCCUCCAACCCACCCUGCAAGGUCCCCGCGCCCCCUGUCCUUCCGUCAUCCGGCCUCGUGAGUGCCUCCUCCUCGCCCUGGGUGCAGCGCACUCCACCCCCCAUUCCCAUCCCUCCCCCACCAUCCAUUCCCACCCAAGACCUCACUCCUACCCGCCCGCUGCCCUCGGCGCUGGAAGAGGCUCUGGGCAACCACACCUUCCGCGCUGGGGACCUAGGCAAUCCAGCAGAGAACUGGGAGGCAAAGAACCAUGGUGGGAAACCUGCCAACUCUCCGGUCCCUGAACGGAGCUUCCCACCCACCCCCAAGACAUUUUGCCCAAGCCCACAGCCUCCACGAGGUCCAGGCGUGUCCACCAUCUCCAAACCUGUCAUGGUCCACCAGGAGCCCAACUUCAUCUACAGGCCAGCUGUGAAAUCCGAGGUCCUGCCACAGGAGAUGUUGAAGAGGAUGGUGGUUUAUCAGACAGCAUUCCGACAAGAUUUCCGGAAAUACGAGGAAGGCUUUGACCCCUGCUCCAUGUUCACCCCGGAGCAGAUCGUAGGGAAGGAUGUCCGGCUCCUGCGCAUUAAGAAGGAGGGACCCUUAGACCUGGCUCUGGAAGGCGGUGUGGACUCCCCAGUCGGGAAGGUGGUCGUCUCAGCUGUUUACGAGGGUGGAGCUGCUGAGCGGCACGGUGGCAUUGUGAAAGGGGAUGAGGUCAUGGCCAUCAAUGGCAAGAUCAUAACAGACUACACCCUGGCUGAGGCUGAGGCCGCCCUGCAGAAGGCCUGGAAUCAGGGGGGAGACUGGAUUGACCUUGUUAUUGCCGUCUGUCCCCCCAAGGAGUAUGACGAUGAGCUCUCUUCUCUCCCCUCCUCUGCAGCUGAGAGCCCCCAGCCGGUCCGAAAGCUCCUUGAAUACCAUGCUCCCGUGCUUAGACACGGGUUCCUCCUGCAGCUGGAGCCUGGCAGCCCCCACGGUGAAUAGGCAGGCGGGCUGCAGGGCCCUGUCUGUCCACACUGCAUGCAGUGGCCAUUUGCUGCCCAUGCUGUCAGCAGGUUCUUUGGACUGGUCUCUGGAGGGGGUCCCUGAAGGGCCACCAAGCCUGCUGUUGGCCGCGCUGGAAUUCAGCCAGACUCAAAGGCCCUCCCACUCACGGAAGCCAAGCAGAGCCCAGUUCAUAGCAAUGCUGGGAGCCUGGGCAUCCUGACUCAUCAGAACCCUGGGGAUCUGCCGUGGGUCCCAGGAUGGGACAGGGAGCACCAUUCGCUGCUGGGCACAGGCAGUGCCUCCAACCAGGCACGAUGGGCUGGAAGAGCCCAGAGGCAGCACGGCCUGGAUUUCCCCUUCCUUGAGAGUGCCACCUUCUGGGAGCUCCACCAGGCCCCAAGCUUGGCUGGGGCCAGGGCAAUUAAGAGGCAAUUAAAGCUGGUCCAAAGAACUCGGAUUGGCCUUUCAGAGUUGUCCAUGUCCUGUUGAGACCUGUCAUGGCCUAAACCCUGCUCAGACUAGACUGUCCUCUGUGUCUUCUCUCCCACUUGAUUCCAGACUCUAUCUGUGGGACACUGGGAAGCCCAACUUUGGGAUGUGUUUGCCCACUUGUGACAGGGCUGCGCCCAUGGACGGAGCUGGCAAGUGGCUGUGAAAUUGAUGGAAAGCCCACAGCUGACAGCAUCUGGGGCAGACCCGAGUCUGGACUUGUCCACUUUUCUGUCAGCAGUUUCUCAAAACAUUAGGGCCUCAUGCACCCAAGACAGUUGGCCUACUAUGCCAUGGCUUCUGGGAUGGCCUCAGUGGCCCUAUGUUUUCCGUCACCUGUCAUCUGCUCUUUGCGAGGGACCUCAGCUCCUCUGCUUCUGGUCCCCUCCUACCUCAUCCAAGAUGCCCCUUCUUCUCCCUCCCUGGCCCCCUGUGUGCCGUGGCUAUGACUGGGGGGUGGCUUCUUGG